AUGCAGACAUACAGCAGGAGGAAAAGAGACCUCUGCAGGGUGUGAAAGCGGAGAAAAACUUGGGUUGUAGGCUUUGACAUGAGAACAGGAGUCCACAAGGCUGCUGGUGUUUCCACUUGUGAAAUGUGGGCAGCGGGUGUUAAAAGACACAGAAAAUCAAAAAGCUAACUUCCUUUAGCUACUGAUUAUCAGCAGCAGCUGGCCAUCCUUGCGUUCAGUGGCAGCACCAGGUGGGGGAGGGAGGUUAAGGGAGCACAGAAGGGAUUAAGUGCCUUUAUGAAUGACUGAGCUCUGUCCCACAUGUUAGGUUUCUGAAACAGAAUUGGGAGACAAGCUGCUUGUCUGAGGAGGGGGGCUUGUUCCCCUCUCCUUGCUCUCGCUCUCUCUCUCUCUCACACCACCCUGCUGGUGGUGAUCUUAAAAUGUGUUAACGUUCUGAGUGCUUCAUUUGAAUAUGGAAGAUAAAGCUUAAUUUCUUAUCCUUUGAGAAAGGAGGAAGCCGAACAUUGAGUGGGUGGAUCCUCAAACCUUUGUUUCUCCUCCUGAAUAGAAGACCCACCAACUCAACUUGCAACAGGAAUUCCCUCAGGGGAUGGGAUGAAUCACGGAUAGUGGUCGCUGGCAUUUUAGCUGUUCUUGGCACUAAGAGAGGGCUUCUAUAACGGUUGAGGGGCUGGGCUAGCUUCUUUGCUCCACAGCUAGCUAAGAAACUGGGUCGUCUUCUGGAGAGAGCAGACAGUUCAGCUAGGGUCAGACUCCUAGCAGGCACAUCAGUUUUAGAGCAGGGGUGAAAAUGAAGAGGUCAAAUCCAAGAGGCCCUGAACUAGAAGAGGAACCAAAGGCAAGAGGAAAUGUCUCCCACGAGGCUCUGCCAGAAAGGAGGGCAGACUAUUCAGGAUGGACAGCAUCGGAAGAACCUGAAUGGGAACAUGAUGAGGGGCGGCAACAGCCCUGGGAAACCCGACAGCACUGGGAAACCCAAUGGCAGGAGCUGCUGAAGACACUCCAGUCCCAUCAGUUAGGAGGAUGGUGGAACUCACCGCUAAUGGAGCACAACCCAUGGGAUAACAGCAAGGCGUUUCUGGACUUCUUUGAGCAAGUUGCCAAAGGCUGUCAGUGGCCUAGAGAAGAGUGGGCAGCCCGGCUGUUGCCAGCGCUUAGCAGAGAAGGUAGAUGUGUCUACAGCAGGCUGAAUGCCAGAGACCAGGGAGACUAUAGGAAGGUGAGGGCUGUCAUUUUGCACGAGGAGGCCACCCAAAUGGAGGUGCGACGCCAGCACUUCAGGCAGUUCUGCUACCAAGAUGUGGAAGAGCCACGGAGGAUUUACAGCCGACUCCGGGAACUCUGUUGCCAGUGGCUGAAGCCAGAAAAGCGCACCAAGGAGGAGAUCUUGGACCUGGUGGUUCUGGAGCAGUUCCUGGACAUCUUGCCGCAACAGCUACAAAGCUGGGUUCGAGCAGGUGGGCCAGAUAGCUGUUCCCACGCUGUGGCCCUGGUAGAGGAUUUCCUGAUGAGUCCUCCAGAGGCCAAGGCAGGAGGAUGGCAGGUGCCACUGCAGGAGAUGGCUGGGAGCAACCUGGAGCCAGAAUGGACUCCGUCAGGCUCCUCCCAGAGACAGAUCUACAAGGAGAAGGAUGAAGAGGAAAUCAGUUUCGGGAGGGAAAUGGCAGCCUCUGAGCACUGCGGUUUGAGGCUUCUUCCUGGAAGAAAGGAAACGGCUGGCACUGACUCUACUGGGGAAACCAUGGAUUUGACAGUUAUAAGCAUGUCAUUGGAGAAGGCUGAAGGGUUGGAGCCAAUUCCUGCUAAAAGGCCUAUGUGCUGGGAAGUCAUAGAGGAGAAUGGUGGGAAUGUUGUUCCCUCUUUGGGAGGAACUGUGAUUCCACAAUCUCAGGCCAUCUCUCUGCUGGAAGGAAAGGGAGUGAUGCUUGUUGAGGGCUCUGAUGACAGCCUGGGUUUCCAAGGCAACUUCUUUGGUGACAAGGAGGAGCCCAAUAGGAUCAAGAGGAAUUCUCGGAAGGAACAGCUGCAGCCAAAAAACAUAUACAGUCUAUUUCCAGGAAUAUGCCAAGGGGAGAUUUCUGUGUUGGCUGCAAGUCAUCAGCAAGAGCAUGAGGGACUGCAAGGAGUGCAGCCAGCAGUGACCCAGAAUGUCUUGGCUGAGUGGACACAAGACUAUAGAUCAGUGAAUGAAGCCAGAAGGCAUGCAGGUGUGAAAAAACCCCAAGGCAGGAAAAAAUACCACUGUGAAUCCGGAAUGGUUCCGCAUCUGAUACACCAAACAGGAAACCACGCUGAGCAUGGCUUCCUAUCUGGCCGAUGGCUUCAGCCCAAAUGCCUCCUUGACCAACAGGAAACAAUCUCUGAUGGGAAGCCCAAACGGUACAAAUGCUUCAAGUGUGGGAAAAGCUUGCAUUCCUACCAUGGGUUGGUCAGACACCAGAGGAUUCACACAGGAGAGAAACCAUAUGCAUGUCAGGAUUGUGGGAAAAGCUUUAGUCGGAAGGAUAACCUGACCUCCCAUCAAAAGUCUCAUGCGGGGAGGAAGUGUGUUACGUUGUUGGCGGGUGGGAGAAACCCUUACCAGACGAAUGUGUAGAUGAUGCAUUGAAAAAUCUGCAUGGAAGAAAAAUAGCACAAACCAGUGGAGAGCCACAAAUACUUGGGGUGGGUGAAGGAGGCUGGACGUGAAGAGGAAAAGGACACAUUUCUGUGUGCACCUCUAAGGCAGGGAUUCCUAACCUUGGGUCUGUAGAUGUUGGACUACAGCUCCAUCAUCACUUAGCCAGUUUUAGCCAACUAUAGGUCCUCAGAUGCUGUCGGACAACAAAUCCCAUUACCCCCAGCCACAGCUGUCAGGAGUUGUAGCCUAACGGCAUCUAGAGAUCCAGGUUUGAGAACCCCUGCAUGAGAGAAUUCAUACAUGGGAGAAACUGAAAGCCAGAGAGAAGUGCUGAUUAGUCAUCAGAGAAUUGCAACACAGGAAAGAGAACGUAGGGUACCUACAUGUUUUUAGUCAUAAAUUGCAUCUCCUUACACAUCAGAGAAUCCACCUGGUAGAUCUUCUAAAUGCUCUGUGUGUGAGAGAGAGAGACAGCAUACCUUUCUGUAACUGUGGGGAAGCCAUAUAUGAUAAUAUCUGUAAUAUAAUUUUCCUGCUAACCUGUGAGACAGGAAAUCCCCAUGCCCGUGAGUAUAUACUAGGAUUUUUUAAAAAUUAUAUUCUAUUGUCAUUGUUAUCUUCAUCAAGUAAUAAAACAUACAGUCACAAAAAAUGAGAUGCAGCUUGCCUCCAAUGCACAAAUAAAAAGGAGUCCUUGGCCCUGUAUCCCCACAAGCAAAGUCCAAUAUC